CAAUCUACACAUGUAAUUUAGAGCUCAAAGAGCAAUGGUCAUCUAUAUUAUAGCACCGGUUGGCAUGCUGUGAUGUACAAAAAUAGGUCCACUGUGUAACACAGCAUACUUUGGCAGUUCAUUGUCAUUGCUGACUGCCACAGAGCAACCUGAAGCUCAGCAUACUGCUCAUGCUCUGUAUUAUAUGGGGAACCAGCUCCUCUUUCUCUACUUCUCGUUUUCUUCAGAGAAUUAAUAGCAAAGCUUAUAGGCAAGUACCUGUUAGCAUAUAUUCAUUUGUGUGGGAAUUCAAUUUGUGUUGGCUUUUACCAUAGUACCAUACUUUUACCAUAAUAGUGUGGAAGAUCCAGCCUGUGAGUGUUAAAUCUGUAGCUUCUUUUCUUCUUGAGUGCAAAUAUUCACUCUGUAAUGUUGCUAUGUAAUAAAAUACAUAUUAUUCAUAGAAAACAAAGCAGCAAAGGCAAUAAACCCUGGAAACGUUUCCCCUCAGUGUAGGUUGAAAAGGUCUUCCUUUGCCUUCUUUACGAAGUGUAGUGAAGUGGAAAUGAAGCGCCUGGAAAGUUCAAGCUCUGAGGGCAGUGGGACAGUAUACCAGCCUGACCUGAGAGAACAUUUGGGAAAAGAGCAAGGACAGGAGAACAACAAAAAAGAAAGGGAUAAGAAAGAAAAGGAUAGUGGGGUGGGUGAAGAAAGUGCAGAGAGGGUCUCUGAGCUACUUGAGGAGUACUAUCAUGGCCUGGAAGACCUUCCAUGGAACCUGAACUCACUGGAGCAGUCUUUGUAUCUCAGCCUGCCGCAGCGGAUAAAGGCAGCCUUGCUCUGUAACCUGGCAGGCCAGUAUGGCAUCUGGACUUUCCACAACAACUUUUUGCCCUGCCGCCUGAUGUCCUACUUGUUUCUGCCCUACACUUUACCUGCCACUGCGAUUGUCACACUCUGCUACAGGUUGGUGUGCUGGAUGAGGCAGAUUCUUCAAAAGGCUGUGAGAAUGUUGACAGAUAUGAUGUGGACUAUGAGACGGUUGUCUGUUUUUUCCAUGCUCCACUUGAAAAGACACCUGUCGAGCAGAUUCCCACUUUCGCCUUCGCCGGUUUUUCUGUUUCCACCUAUACUUUGUUCAUCUGCAUUGUGUGUGCCACCUUUACCCUCCGUGUCUGCUGCGUGCUUUCCUCAUUUGCCUGCACUUCUUUUAAACCCUCUUCAUCUCCUCUGUCUUGCAUUGCACUUUGUACCAUGGUGCAUCUUGGCCUUCACUUCGAAGGAGCAAUUACAGCCUGACAAGCAGACGCAGUCCCUCCACUCACAACAGUGCUCUGUCUGCCUCCAGUUGUCCACCGUCAACUGCUCCUACAUUGAGAGCCCCAAACCUGCAUCCUUUGACUUCUUCCUCAACUUAGAACUAGAAGUUGACUGCUAUUCUCAAGCAAAUCUGCCAUGUGAGAGAACCUUCCGCAAGCCACUGAGCUCCAAGUAGGCCAGUAUAGGAAACCGCAGGCUGCAGAGUGGCAAUGAUGGUGUUAAUUAUGUAGAAAUCCUGCCUCACCCAUGUUACCUAAUAUACCUAAGGACAGCCCAAGCACUGGUUAUGAUUAUCUUUCUGAAGGUGACCUGAUAAUCAGCUGGUAUGAAGAUAAAUCAUUUCCUUUAGUCAGUUUUUGGCUGGUUCUGAAAUUCUUUAUUACAAUACAUUCAUUAUUACAAAAUGUAAAGUGCUUGACAUUAUCAGAUGUAGAAUCUGAUUUCAAAUAUGUCAUAGAAAGAAAUGAAAUAAAUAUUUUCAAAAAUA